ACCUCAGGUCCAUCAGCUCCUGGCAGCUCAACUAAACUAACGGGAGGGGGAAGACAGUUUUGUCUGCCCGUUUGGGACGCUUUGUUCUCUAGUGCUGCCUGUGCCUACCGGCGGGAUGGAAAAAAAAAGGAACGACCGGAAAAUCGUCAUUUGAGGGUCAAAGGAGAAAAGAAAACAAAAAGUUGAUUCUAGAAGGUAGGAAAGGGAGGGGAAGCGCUACUGCUCCAAGGUAGGUGAGGCGGCUAUGAAAGAAAACCGGGUCCCUGGGAGAGGGGGAGGCUACUGUUGGGGAUGCGCGGCCGUGCUUGGCCUUAACUCAGGUUGCUAGCCUGGUUCACCGGAAGGAGGAAGAGAAAAGAGGGCGGGUGUGGAAGAGUAUCAAAUGACAAGAAAGAAAGUGGAUUCUAUCUAGAGAAGUGAGCCCAGAAAGGCCUGAGGUCCCUGCCUGUGCUGGGUGACUAUGUUCUUGGUACUUACGGAGCCGGCUGCCUCCUUGCACUUCUCCCUGCCAGCUUCCUUUCUCUUCCCCAUCCUCAGCCUGCUUGCACUGGUCUCAGCCCAGUUUACUGUCAAGGGACCGGCUGAUCCAAUCCUGACCAUGGUGGGAGAAAACAUCACGUUACACUGCCACCUGUCCCCAGAGAAAAAUGCUGAGGACAUGGAGGUGCGGUGGUUCCGGACUCAGUUCUCCCCAGCAGUUCUGGUUUAUAAGGGUGGGCGAGAAAGAACAGAGGAGCAGAUGGAGGAGUACCGAGGAAGAGCCACCCUUGUGAGCAAAGACAUGAGUAGAGGCAGUGUGGCGCUGGUCAUCCACAAUGUCACAGCCCAGGACAAUGGCAUCUACCGCUGUUACUUCCAAGAAGGCAGGUACUACGAUGAGGCCAUCAUGCGCCUUGUGGUUGCAGGUCUGGGCUCUAAGCCCCUAGUUGAAAUGAAGGGACAUGAAGAUGGCGGCAUUCGGCUGGAGUGCACAUCUGGAGGGUGGUAUCCAGAGCCUCUGGCAGUGUGGAGAGACCCCUAUCGUAAGGUUGUACCUGCCCUAGAUGGGUCUCACACUGCUGAUGCAGACGGCCUCUUCCUGGUGACCACAGCUGUGAUCAUCAGAGAUAGAUCCAUGAGGAACAUGUCCUGCUCUGUCAACAACACCUUGCUCGGCCAGGAAAAGGAAACUGUGAUUUUCAUUCCAGAAUCCUUUAUGCCCAGCAUAUCUCCCUGGGUUGUGAUCCUACCGCUCAUCCUGGCUGUCCUCAUCGCCCCCAUAGCUAUAAGCAUCUAUUACAUCAAGAAACUCCACAGGGAAAAAAUCAUUUUGUUAGGGGCAAAGGAGGUUGAACUGGAAGAGAAAGAAAUUGCCCAGAAGGAAUUAUAUAAAGAACGUGCAGAAAAAGAGAAAGCACAUCAAAUAAAAGAGCAACUUCAAGAAGAAUUGCGAUGGAGAAGAACACUCUUACAUGCUGCCGAUGUGGUCUUGGACCCAGACACAGCUCAUCCUGAGCUCUUCCUGUCUGAGGACCGGAGAAGUGUGAGACGCGGCCCUUCCCACCAGAGUGUGCCUGACAACCCUGAGAGGUUUGACUGUCGGCCCUGUGUUUUGGGCCGGGAGAGCUUCACUUCAGGAAAACAUUACUGGGAGGUAGAUGUUGAAAACAUGAAGAUGUGGACAGUGGGUAUUUGUAGAGACAGUGUUGAGAGGAAAGGAGAGGCCUUGCUGCUUCCUCAGAAUGGCUUCUGGACCCUGGAGAUGUUUGAAAACCAGUGCCGGGCCCUGUCCUCCCCUGAGAGGAUUCUCCCUCUGAGAGAGCGCCUUUGCAGGGUGGGUGUCUUCUUGGACUAUGAAGCUGGAGAUGUCUCCUUCUACAACAUGAGGGACAGAUCUCACAUCUACACUUGUCCCCGUUCAGCCUUUGCUGGCCCCCUGAGGCCCUUCUUCAGGCUGGGGUCUGAUGACAGCCCCCUGUUCAUCUGCCCAGCACUCGCAGGAGCCAAUGGUGUCACAGUGCCUGAGGAUGGCCUGAUUCUUCACAGGGCACGGACCCACCACCACCUACAGGAACAAUCCCCUGGUCUCCGAGCCAUGUAGGGAAGCCCUCACCCUCUCAGCUGCCACAUCAGGGCCUCCUGGCUGAGUAUAAGCCCUCCUUCCCUCUUGUCAUAUAAGCUGCCUCUUUCACUCCCGUUUUAGGCCUCCACUCCAGCUGUCCACCAGGUUGUGGUUUUUGUAGCUCCUCAGUUUGUUCGUAUGGGGAAGAUCUAGCGUCAGGCAAGCUGCUGCUGUUAUACAGCUCCCAGCCAAGGCAAAAGACGAAGGGCCGCAAAUCUGCUCCUUCACCAUCAAGGUGACAGUGUUGAUUCUGUUACUCUGGUUGGCACCAGAUGUUAUGAACACAGGGUGAGGCCAACAGAAUCCAUCAAGAUAUAAGAGGAGGAGGAGUGAGUACUGAACCAGGUUUACCUGAGGGUCCAGGUUGAAUGGGAACAAUAGUGUUUUAAAGUUUCCUGGUCUCAGGAUGCCUUUAGAUCCUGAAAAUUUAUUAAGGACCCUGGAGAACAUUUGUUUAUUUGGGUUCAUAUCUGUUAAUAUUUGUGGCACUUGGCUCAGCACCUGUAGCACGGUGGUUAUGGUGCCAGCCACAUACACCGAGGCUGGCAGGUUCAAAUCCAGCUUGGGCCAACUAAAACAACAAUGACAGUUGCAACAAAAAAUAGCCAGGUGUUGUGGCGGGUGCCUGUAGUCCCAGCUACUUGGGAGGUAGAUGUUGAAAACAUGAAGAUGUGGACAGUCGAUGUUUGUAGAGACAGUAUUGAGAGGAAAGGAGAGGCCUUGCUGGUUCCUCAGAAUGGAAUUCUCUCUCUGAGGCAAGAGAAUCACUUAAGCCCGAGAGUUUGAGGUUGCUGUAAGCUUGACACCAUGGCACUCUA